AUGGCUCCAGGGUUACUUGUCAAUAACUCAACCGAAUCUGAUAGAUUCCGCUUGGAUCAAAGUUCCCAGCCCAAGGUAUCUCGAUCUCCCAAAAUUGGAGAAGUGGAUUGUAUGGCCUACGAACAGCAAAAAGAUCUCAUCGGCGACAUUGUGGAAAAGCUCAAGGCAUCGGGAGGAUGCCUGAUUCGCGGAUUGUAUCACCAAAAGACCCUCGACGCGAUCGAGGAAGAAAUCCGGCCCUACAUCGCAGCGACAGAUAAAGCAGACAUCAGCCGAGAGGAUUUCGUACCUUCAUCGACGAGGAUGAUCCGCAGACUAACGCGGCCACAACAGCACGGCUCCCAGUCCCGAACGAGUGUGAGCUUACCACAGCUGAGCACCACAGUCGCUUUCUCGGUCGGUCCUGGAACGAAGGCUCAAGGUCUUCACCGCGAUGACGACAUCUACCACACGCAGCAUCCUGCCUCCUCAAAAUAUCAUCUUGGCCAAGAUACAAUGUUGUGUCUUUUCGUCGCCGUUAAGAGCUGUACGAAUGAGAAUGGUGCAACACGGAUCGUGCCUGGUAGCCAUCUCUGGGACUACACAUCUCCUCCGCCUUCUUACGAGACUUUGCCGGAGCAAUUUUCCCAUGCAGAGAUGUCACCCGGUGAUGCAUUUCUGAUGCUUGGAGGGGUAUACCACAGAGCAGGGUCGAAUACCACUGCGGACGAAGAGAGACUAAGACAAGAGGAAAACCAAUAUCUUGCCAACGAUUUGGAGGGAAUCAAAGAGCUCCCAAUCCACUUGCAGAAAUUCGCUGGCUUUGGGGCGAGCAAGCCUUACAUGGGUUGGGUCGAUAUGGAGGAACCGGUAAAGGUUCUGAAUCGGAAUGCGGACGUCGGGGAUACGGAGUUUUGGUAG